AUGAUCACCAAGAAUCGAAGUGAUGCUGGUAAGCGUCUCACGAUGAAAAGCAACCGCAAGAGGCCUUGUCCUGCCAUCCGAGGAGUGAGACCGCAUCAGAAUCCCAAGUUUGUCGAGAGGCCAAUCUUGACCGCGCCGAUUCCAUCCAGGCCUGACUUGUUCGCUGAGGCGGGCGGCGCCGACCCCUGCGACGACGGGAGCGACGCCUGCGCCGCAGACUUCGCGGCUGCGACGGCGGUGUCUGCGACGGCGGGGUUUGCAAGUGCAGUCGAUGCAAGGCUGGGAUGUGAAGAUGUUGCUGCAACUGCUGCGGUUGGGGACGGAGGACGUGCGGGCUCUCGAGAAGAUGGGAAGCGCACGGAUCAUCACGCUCACCCUGUCGACGAUGCUGGCCCUGGUCGCCCUGUGGGGAAGCGCCGGCGCCAGCGUCUGCGACGUGGGGAGCGAAGGGUGCACCGCCUUUUGCAAGAGUCGAAAUUGCGGAAUGGGAGAUUGCAUUGGUACUCUACAUACGGAAUAUCAGUCAACAAAGUCAAUCAGUCGCCCCUCAAACUCGGCGCUUCUGGAGUUUUGGGUGAGUGCGAUCUGGUGAAUCGUGAAGUGAAGGAACCCCCUCCCCCACCUACCCCUCUGACAAUGGUCGUGCCCUCGUUGAGAAAACGUUUGCCCGAGAACUGUUGA